AUGUGCAGGGCUGCAUGGAGCCUUCCUUGCCCUGUGCAGUGGGAUUCUGACUCCCAACAUCCUUCACCUCUGCCUUUGCAGCAGCUUCCUAGCUCUUCUCCCUGUUUCCACACUUGCCUCCCUCAGGACAACCUCCUCACCCGGCCCGGUAACAUCCCUGAUGUUCGCAUCUGCCUCAAAUCCUGCAGGGAUGGGCUGAUGCUGGCAAGGCAGCCAAGGCCACUCCUGGCAGAUGACAUUAGAGCCCCAGAUGACCACUCCCAGUGCUUCUGUGCUUCGACACUGCCUCCAAAACCAUUCUCGCAACAACUGCCCGGCUCUUCUCGAAUUUCUAAUCACUUAUUUCUGCCUGCAAAGCUUCUUUCGUCCCUCAAAAUGCAGCUUAAAUGUCACUUUGAAAGACAAUUCUGUUAUAAUCUGCAAGGCAAGUUUCUGCCAUCAUCUUGGCAAUUAGGAUAA